AUGUCUAACGGGCCACAACUCUACAGCGAUCCCUGGGCGAAGCGCAACGCCUGGCGCCGCAACCCCGUGUUCUCAAAGCGACAGAUGUUCGCAAACCUCUUCCCAGGCUUCGGCAUCGCCGUCGUCGCCUUCACCACCUACGUCCUCGCAGACAACCUCGUCUUCUCCCAGUCGAAGAAGAGACGGCCAUUGUUUCUUAUUCGUCCAUGCCCGGAACAGCGCUCCCGCGCACCGUUGCCGCAUGUCAAGAUACAUGCGCCGUGCUUGUGUAGAGUUGGAGGGUGA